ACUACUCCGAAAACAAACUGCAAAUGAAGAUCGAGAGAACGGAGUGUUUUCUGAUAGAACACGGAGACCUAAUCCUCCCAUGGCUCACCCACCAACAACUCGCCAACAUUUCCUUAACCUGCAAAUCCCUUCACUAUCUCACCCGAAUCAUCACUCGUAACCGCAUCUCCGAUGCUUCUAGAACCUUCGAGAGUUUCCCUAUCCCAUUCCUCAACAACAACAACAACAAUAACACUUACUCUUACUUUCUCUAUACUCCUUCAAUCCUUUAUAAUAAUAAUAUUCCUCGUUAUCAACCUUGGGGUAAUUCGGUAAUUUCACCAUCACCAGUUUGGAGGAAUCAUGAUGAAACGGUGACUUUUGUUGAUGUGGUGGGAUGUGACUGCGGGGAGAUAUGUCGGGAUGGGUGUGCGUGUUUGGGUUUUUUUGAUGGGCUUGAUGAUAUGGGCCGUGAGUGUGGGCCGGGCUGUUUUUGUGGAGGAGAGUGUGGGAAUAGGGUGAGUCAGAAUGGGGUUGCGGUUAGGGUUAAGAUUGUGAGAGAUGAGAGGAAAGGGUGGGGUUUGUUUGCUGAUCAGUUUGUUGGUAAAGGAAUGUUCUUGUUUCAAUAUGCAGGUGAGCUAUUGACAACAAAGGAAGCUCAGAGGAGACAAAAACAUUACGACGAACUGGCAUCGUGUGAUCGUUUCUCUUCCGCCCUUUUAGUCGUAAGGGAACAUCUUCCAUCUGGAAACGCAUGUUUGAGAUUGAACAUAGACGCGACGAGAAUAGGAAAUGUUGCACGGUUUGUAAACCAUUCAUGUGAUGGUGGUAAUUUAAGCACAAAGCUAGUUAGAAGUACAGGAUCUUUGUUCCCCCGCCUUUGUUUCUUUGCUUCGAAAGAUAUUCAAGAAGACGAAGAGCUUACUUUUAGCUAUGGAGAAAUCAGGAAAAGGUCUAAUGGGUUGCCAUGCUACUGCAACAGCCCUUCUUGCUUUGGAACAUUGCCCUCAGAAGACACGUGAAAGUUGAAACAUGUAGGAAGAGGGGCCUUCACUUUGGGGGUUGAGAUUGUCUGGAUUAGGAACUGGUAGUUUUCAUGAAUAGCGUUGUUAUAUCGCUAAAGCGCAGCAGAAUUUGAACAAAUCGUCAUUGUUUUGCGAUACAAUAAUACAUAAUGUCAAAUAGUGGCUAUAAACCUAUAGUGGCACUAUAAUGUUUCUUGUGUAGCGGAAUAUGAACAAACUACUAUUUUUUGCGAUCCGCGAUUGAAAACACUGUGGACAAUAGUUCAUAGCAUGCAUUGCAGAAGCGGUCUUCUAAAUAUCCCCAUAACAGUUGGAAGAGUGUUAUUCAAUUACUGAUAUUUUUAUGUUGAGCCAUGGUUGAGUGAAAUAUGAUUAUCUUCUAAUAGUAAUUCCAAAACAGGCCUUCUUCAUUACUGAUGAAA